AUGACUUCGUUACAGGAUAUCAUCUCUGCUAAGCAGGAGAAGGAUGUUGAGUCGGAUAACGAUUCCUUUGCAGAGGCUGACGCUAUCCCCGUUGUGCCAAACAGACCAGCCAGAUCAAAGAAGAGUGAAGCGGUUCCGCAAGCGGAGGCCGCUGUUCCUACGCCACCAGUGCCUCAGAGGCCUAAGAAGCGUUCCACUGAAGAGUUCAACAGUGCUUCGGUGCCGGUGAUUCCUCAAAGGCCUCUGAAGAAAGAGGUGGGACCGAUUGUCGUUCAGGAGGAGGACUCCGAUUUAAACGAGGAGGUUGAGCCUGACAAAGUUAAUGACAACAAGGAUAUAGAUGACAACCUGUUAAGACCCGACUACAAUGAAAGAGAAGCGCAGAUUGAGGCCAUAACCAGUGAUGCAGAGUCGAUUGCUGAAUUGGAUGAAUAUGAUGACGAAGAUGACGAAGAUGAUGAGGGAAAUGAAGGGGAAGAACUUGCGCCAGAUCCUAGAACAAGUAGACCGAAUAAUGGAGAGGAGGAACCUUUCCCUUCACCAAGUGCAGAUGAUUUCAUCACAAGGGUGGAUGAUGAGUUGGAAGAGUUGAAGCUCAUGACGAGUAAACGUGACCCUGAUGUGUCAACUCCUGAAGUUCCUCAACAUCAUCCUCAUGUGCCGCAUCAUAGACCUAUUGGGAACAUUGAUCCAAAGGUCAUGGCUCGUACUUGCACGUCUGAUUUGAGAAACGAGGUUGAGGAGUUGUACAGUUCACAUCAUGCUUGUCGUGAAUCAGCACCUGGUACACCAGCUUCUGGGAUUAUUCAUCUUCAACGCUCUCAAAAUGUUCCAAAGAGACCAGCAAUUGCUACUGCAUUAGCUGCUUCGAGUCUCCGCCGUACUGGCACCGAUGAGUUAAGGGAAGAAGUUACUGAAUUGUACAGCUCAAAGCACGUGUGUGGUGACUCUGCUAUUGCUACACCUUUGGAUACACCAUUGAGAAAGGACAGUGCCGUUUUCUUUAACCAAAGCAGUGGAAGUCAAGUUGAUGUUUCCUCCAGUGGUAAAGAAGAAGAAUCGGCCCCUACGGUGGAACCAGUGGUGCCAAAGAGACCUUCAAAAUCCAAACAAGUAUUAGAAGAAGUGGUUUCAGAAAAGCAACCACGCGAAAAGAUACCUGAAGAUGAAGCAUCAAAACCAUUUCCAGAUGAGCCUAUAGUUCCUCAAAGACCAACCAAGUCGGAACCUGUCGUUCCAAAGAGGCCUUCCAAACCUGUUCCAGAGGAAGAGCCAGUUGUACCAGAAAGACCUGUUUCAGCUGUACCUGAGCUCACAACGGAACCUAAGAUCGAACAGAAGACAACGGAUGAACCUUCCAUCCCUGAACGCCCAAAGGCUAAAGGUCCACCAGCGAUUCCAAAGAAGCCUUCUUCCAAGAUUGCCGCUUUCCAAGAGAUGUUGCGUAAGAACCAAGAGCGUGAACAGAUGGAAAUUCAACAUAGACCUUCUUCCACUAGAAGAUCUGUUGCCAAUGACGAUUCUCAGAACAAUGACGAUGAAGAACCUACCACUCAAACGCGUUCUACCUUCAAGAAGAACCUCAAUGGGUUAUUUGCACUUCCAGGCAUGGCUCUGCCUGGUAUGAAACCACCAAGUGUUUUAUCAAAUGAAGCCAAAGAUGAAGCUGAUGAGGAGUCUGCAGAACCCGUGGCUAAUGAUGCAAGAAGGGCUAGGGCAAGGGGUCCCAGAGGUAAGAGACUGCCAAAGAGUGCAAGUGAGAAAGUGGAAAUUGUCGAUAGAAGAGUCAUCAACGUCACUGACGUCUGGUCUACUGGGUGUGAGAGUGAGGGCUAUGUGCUGAACAAGGAAGAGGAUAAGAAGUCCAGAGACACGCCUGUUGUUGAAGAGCUCGAUGUCGAAGACAUCCCAGUGGAGAAGGUGCAAACGGAGGAGUUUGUUGAGGAGCCUAUCGAUGACCUCGCUGAUGAUGCUGAAGAGGAAGCUGAAGAGUUUCAAGAAGUUUCAACGCCUGCUGAGAAUGACGAAGACAUCACAGAUACCGAGGAGACCAUCUCCGUGUCAACGUCAGACAUCACCACUACAACAACAACAACCAAGAAUCGCACCGGGACCUCACAGCAACCUUCAGAGGAGAAGCACUCGUCGUCCACAGUGGGAGGAGAGACAUCUCGCCAAGACGGUGAUGUCAGCGUGGCGCAAGACACCGCUGAGCCUACAGUUGUCGAACCUACAGUGUCUGAGCCUUCUAUUCCUCACAGCGACGGUGCCGGAAGCGACCAGUCUGACCUGGAGUCCUUCCACGACGCUGCAAAUGUCGACGAGCUGAGGGAGUGA